CUUCCAAUUCUAUGGUCAUGACCCAACUCAUGGCUUCCUUAUUCAUCCUUGUUCUAGCUCUUCUCUAUAAUUCACAUGUUUGGGGUUCCCCUUUGGUUGGAGGAGAGACACAAGAAAGAAACGAAGCAGUGGCUCUUCUAAGGUGGAAAGCCAGCCUUGAUAACGAAAGCCAAACCUUCCUGUCUUCUUGGUUUGGAAGCAGCCCUUGCAACAAUUGGGUUGGGAUUGCUUGUUGGAAGCCGAAGGCCGGAAGCGUCACGCACUUAAACCUUAGCGGUUUUGGUUUGAGAGGCAACCUUCCUUUGGAAAUGGGAAUGCUAUCUGAUCUUCAACAUCUUAACUUGGCAUCAAACAACUUAAGUGGCUCAAUUCCUAAACAACUGGGAGAGUGUUGGAAAUUAUUGCACUUGAAUUUGAGCAAGAAUAAUUUUGAAGAAAGCAUUCCAUCUGAGAUCGGCAAUAUGAUCUCUCUUGGAAGUCUCGAUCUUAGUGAAAAUAUGCUUACAGGAGAAAUACCACAGCAGCUUGGCAAAUUGCAGAACCUAGAAAUAUUGAACCUCUCUCAUAAUGGACUCUCUGGUUCUAUACCAUCCACAUUCAAGGAUAUGCUGGGCCUUAGUUCUGUUGAUAUAUCUUACAACCAAUUAGAGGGUCCUCUUCCCAACAUCAAAGCCUUUCGAGAGGCUUCGUUUGAGGCACUUAGAAACAAUAGUGGUUUGUGUGGAACUGCUGCUGUUCUGAUGGCCUGUAUCUCCUCUAUAGAGAACAAAGCUAGUGAGAAGGACCAUAAAAUUGUGAUUUUGAUCAUAAUCCUUAUCUCGAGCAUUCUAUUUCUUCUCUUCGUUUUCGUGGGACUUUAUUUUCUUCUUUGUCGAAGGGUGAGGUUCAGAAAACACAAGUCAAGAGAGACUUCUUGUGAAGAUCUAUUUGCAAUAUGGGGCCAUGAUGGAGAGAUGUUGUAUGAAGACAUCAUCAAGGUAACUUCGGAGUUCAAUUCGAAAUAUUGCAUUGGUGGGGGAGGAUAUGGAACAGUUUAUAAGGCCGAGCUACCAACUGGUAGAGUUGUUGCUGUGAAAAAGUUUCAUCCACAACAAGAUGGGGGGAUGGCUGAUUUGAAAGCUUUUACUGCUGAGAUUCGUGCUUUAACAGAAAUGAGACAUCGCAACAUUGUGAAACUCUACGGGUUUUGUUCACAUGCAGAACACACAUUUUUAAUUUAUGAGUUCAUGGAAAAGGGAAGCCUAAGACACAUUCUAAGCAAUGAGGAAGAAGCACUGGAAUUGGACUGGAGCAUGAGGCUGAAUAUUGUGAAAGGUGUCGCGGAGGCAUUAUCUUACAUGCAUCAUGAUUGCUCACCCCCUAUAAUUCAUAGGGAUAUAUCCAGUAGCAAUGUUUUACUGGAUUCUGAAUAUGAAGGUCACGUAUCUGACUUUGGCACAGCAAGGCUCUUAAAGCCUGACUCCUCCAAUUGGACCUCAUUUGCAGGCACCUUUGGGUACACUGCUCCAGAGCUUGCUUACACAUUGGAAGUAAAUGAUAAAACCGAUGUUUUUAGUUUUGGAGUGGUAACAUUGGAAGUGCUUAUGGGAAGACAUCCUGGUGAUCUCAUCUCAUACCUAUCAUCCUCAUCACCAUCUUCUUCAGCGUCUUAUUUUUCACUGUUGAAAGAUGUGUUAGACCCUCGCCUGUCACCUCCCUCAGAUCAAGUCGUUGAAGAUGUUGUCUUUGUUAUGAAGCUAGCAUUUGCAUGCUUGCAUGCUAAUCCCAAAUCUCGGCCAACCAUGCGACAAGUUUCUCAAGCACUAUCCAGUGAGCAGAAGCCUCAGCAGCAGCAGCAGCAGCAACAGGUUUCUAGCUCAGCAUCUCAACCCAGCAGAUCAACCUCAGCAUCUCAACUUCCAGCUGAACUUCUCAACCUCCCAACCUCCUAACAGAUUCUAGUUAUGCUAACUAGUUACUAGAUUUAGAAAGUAACUCUUCUCUGUAUGUUUGAAUAAAUAACUCUCCUCUGUAUUCUAUAAACAGAACACCCUUUAUAUCCUGAAAUAUAAU